GCCUCAUCCCAUUACUCUUCUUUAUCUCUCUCACACACACAGAUCAAGUGGUCUGAAAAAAUGGUGGAUGUUGAAAGAGUCUGUUGUAUGUGUGGUGACGUGGGCUUCGCCGACAAAAUCUUCCGAUGUAUCAAGUGCCAUCACCGCUUCCAACACUCGUAUUGUAGCAACUACUAUAGCGAAUCAUCGGAGCCUCCGGAGCUAUGUGAUUGGUGCCAAACCGAGGUGAUCAAAACUACGAAACACACCGGUUCUUCCAAGAAAUCAAACUUAAAAUCGGAAGUCGGAAUCGGUAACCGAUCAGAAUAUUCCGGUGACAAGAUCAAGCAACAUGAUCGAGAAGAGGGUUUCGAAAAAGGCAAGUCAUCCUCAUCCACAGGAGCUCCUUCCCCUAAGACUAGUACUCGAAGGUACAAACUUCUGAAAGACGUCAUGUGUUAAAUAAAGAUCCAAGUUUGGUGCCAAAGGUGAGACCUUUAUGGAGUUUAAUGUUCCCAGAGGGUAAUUCUUGGUUUGACUUGAGGGUAAAAGGGGAACAAAGUAUUGUCUAUAGAGGAUGAAGAUAGAGAGUGGUGGUGAAAACAAUCGAGUUCUAGCUUUUUACUUUUUUUUUUUUUUUUUUUUUUUUU